UCUUUCCAAGCUAAUGGCUGGUAUGCACUCUUUUCACUCUUCAUAAACACACACGUGAUUGACCUCGUAGAAAUAACUCUCCUGUAAUUCCCUCUCUCUCCCCCUCACCAACCCCCUUCGCCCUCUGUGUGCACUUAACUAGAAUAUUACCUUACUUACUCGAUUACACGCAGCCCUCAAUAACACGCCGCACCCUGAAUCGGAAGAUAAUGCGACGUUUAAUCAAGGAUUAAAGAGGGUUGUCCAAUAUACCCAAACAGACUCCGAUAGACGGUUAUAUAUAAUGCUAAAAAUAAACUGUAUUGCUUAACUCUGUAAUCUAUUAUAAGACAGACAAUUGCAUCAGCAAAAAUUGCGAUACAUUGGAACUUUAAACAUGUUUCUGUUUGACAUAAUAUUUAGGAAUGGUUUACCGUAGUUGUAAUCAACCGGGAUUUAACAAAUAUGAUUUUGAAAUAAUCGCUGCCCUUGAAUAAACGCUGCCCUGGAAGUGCGCCGCGUGUUUUACCAAGCCCGGUGAGGGGAGGAAGGGAGGUUUGGGGGGGGGGGGUACUUAACAAAGUUUGAUACGGGGAGGCCCUGCCCCGAGGUCCAACCCCUUACCCUUCAGUUAUACACGAUUUUUCACGUUGAAAGAGGUACCCCAUUUGUAUAUCUUCCAUGGACAAAUGGUACCCCUUUCUUUUAACUGCUGUAAAUUCCCUGUCUUUUAAAUUGGAAUCAAUCCCAAAACCAGAGGGUUUUCUUGACAUUUUAUAGCCAUAAAAUUCAUUUGUUAACCCUUUUGGACCUUUUUUGCAUACCACAAUAACAGAUUUCGCUACCCUUUCAUAUAGGUCGACCUGCAGCUAUCCAAAGCGCCUCUCUGAUAUACCUGAAGCCUGAGAAUAAAGCAGGGACACCCAACGACGGUUUCCUCCAACAUACAUUAAAAGUACUUUUUAAACUAUCCAGAGUACUUUUAGAUCUCUAGAAAUGCAUUCUAAGCGGCGCUAUAAAAUUUAUAUCUGUUCGGUCAUCCUGGGGGGAACUUGAGUCCUUUCGAAAUUACAAGGGCUUUAGUAUUAUUUUCCCGAAAGUUUUAGAUGCAAUUUAACGUAUCACGAAAGUGAGAAUUUUUCUGACUCUUCUCUCCAUCACAUUUUUGAAUCCGAAAAUUUUAAGCUUCCUUUUUCGAACGAAAAAUAGCUUAACCUGGGGAGUGAAAUGUGAAAAAUUAAACUUCGGAAAAUAGUAGGGAGUCUUUUAGAUGAGCUUCGAAAAUUGUACAUGAAUACAUAAGAACAGUCAUCUGCAAAUUUUUAGCACUCCUCAAUUAAUAGAAAAUCCCAGGCAAUAUUUGCUUCUCCGAACAGAUAUUUUAUAGAAAACAGUCGUUGGGUGCCCCUGAUAAAGGUAUCCCAUUCUGGCGCUGUCUCCCCGUUGUAGGGAGUACCUCUUAGAUCCCGGAUUAUCGAAUAGAUACGGUACUUUCAUUUAUUUUAAUAACAUGAAAUUGGAUCGUUAAUGUGUUGCAUGACAGUGUUCUCCGUUUUUGUAUAUUUCGUUUUUCUGUUAGGGUCACUGGUCCCUCUGCUGGAAAAUGUUCCAAACAUCCAACAGAGAUCGCACGUGAGACAGAGGUUACACACGAGAGAGAGAACUUGCGUGAGGUCAAAGAAAACACACAGGAACAAGUUGAAAACAUUCGUGAAAUAUUCAGGCCAGGCUGGCAAUAA